AUGGCGGGCCGACCACCGCCACCACCGCCUGGAUGGGCUCCUCCACCCCCUCCCGGAGCACCACCUGGACUAUCGGCCGCGCCUCCGCCACCUGGAUACCAUCCGCCAAAGGAUCCCCAAGCAGCGAAACUUCAGGAGAAGAAAAAGCGCUGGAUGCGGCAACAGAAGCAGCGCUUUGCCGAGAAGCGCAAAGGAGGUUUUGUCGAGACUCAAAAGGCUGAUAUGCCGCCUGAGCAUUUACGGAAGAUUGUCAAGGACAUUGGGGAUGUCUCGCAGAAGAAAUUCAGUGCCGACAAGCGGAGCUACUUGGGAGCGCUCAAGUUCAUGCCACAUGCUGUAUUGAAGCUGCUCGAAAAUAUGCCUAUGCCCUGGGAGAGUGCGCGCGAAGUCAAGGUGCUGUAUCAUGUGAAUGGAUGCUUGACGCUUGUCAACGAGAUCCCACGCGUCAUCGAGCCUGUCUUCCACGCGCAAUGGGCGACUAUGUGGGUGGUGAUGAGACGAGAGAAGAGUGACCGCAGACACUUCAAGCGCAUGCGGUUUCCACCGUUUGACGAUGAGGAGCCACCGCUUUCUUGGAGUGAGAACAUUGAGGAUGUGGAGCCCCUGGAGCCGAUUCAAAUGGAGCUGGACGAGAACGAAGAUGAGCCAGUCUUUGAAUGGUUCUACGAACCGCGCCCACUCGCAGAUACCAGCCACGUUAAUGGUCCUAGCUACAAGGAAUGGAACAUGACAAUACAGCAAAUGGCCACUCUUCACAGACUGAGCAAUCCUCUGCUGUCCGACAUCACCGAUCAGAAUUACUUCCAUUUGUUUGAGAUGCCUUCUUUUGCCACUGCAAAGGCACUCAACGUUGCCAUUCCUGGUGGUCCCCGCUUCGAGCCUCUUUACAAGGACAUUGAUCCCAACGAUGAAGACUUUGGCGAGUUCAACGCCAUCGAUCGCAUUAUCUUCCGUGCACCUAUCAGGACGGAGUACCGAGUCGCUUUCCCGUUCCUGUACAACAGCUUGCCCAGAAGUGUAAAACUUGGUGUCUACAGUUACCCGCAGACUGUCUACGUCAAGACCGAGGAUCCCAAUUUACCACCCUUCUACUUUGAUCCUGUGAUCAAUCCAAUCUCCUCUCGGUCAGUGGCCCCCAAGAAUAUAACGAUCAGCCUCGAAGACGAACUUUUUGGCCCGGGCAACAACGAAGAGCCCGAUGACGAAGAAGACGAGGGUCCUGCCAGCAGUGGUGGAGCUUUCAGCCUGCCUGAUGAGGUUGAACCAUUUCUCAGUGACGAGGACUUGUUCAACGAUGACACCGCAUCUGCCAUUGCCCUUUGGUGGGCCCCGUAUCCAUUUGACAGGAGGUCUGGCAAAAUGGUGCGUGCGCAGGAUGUGCCGCUUGUAAAGCAGUGGUACCUUGAGCACGUACCUCAAGGUCAGCCUGUGAAGGUGAGAGUGUCGUACCAGAAGUUGCUGAAGACAUAUGUCUUGAACGAGCUGCACAAGAAGCCCCCCAAGGCACAGAACAAGCAGAAUCUGUGCAGAAGUUUGAAGAGCACCAAGUUCUUCCAGCAAACCACAAUCGAUUGGGUUGAGGCCGGUCUUCAAGUGUGCAGGCAAGGAUUCAACAUGUUAAACCUGCUCAUCCACCGCAAGAAUCUGACCUAUCUCCAUCUCGACUACAACUUCAACUUGAAGCCAAUCAAGACAUUGACGACCAAGGAGCGAAAGAAGAGUAGAUUUGGAAACGCGUUCCACCUGAUGCGUGAGAUUCUGCGCUUAACCAAGCUCAUUGUAGACGCUCAGGUGCAGUACCGUCUUGGCAACAUCGAUGCGUUCCAGCUUGCGGAUGGUAUCCUGUACGCUUUCAACCACGUUGGUCAGCUCACGGGGAUGUAUCGGUACAAAUACAAGCUCAUGCACCAGAUCCGUUCGUGCAAGGAUUUGAAACAUUUGAUUUACUAUCGAUUCAACUCCGGCCCGGUCGGCAAAGGCCCAGGUUGUGGUUUCUGGGCUCCAGCCUGGAGAGUGUGGUUGUUCUUCCUACGCGGCAUCAUUCCUCUCCUGGAAAGAUGGCUUGGCAACCUGCUAAGCAGACAGUUCGAGGGUCGUYACUCCAAGGGUGUGGCCAAGACCGUCACCAAGCAACGUGUCGAGUCUCACUUCGAUUUGGAGCUGCGUGCUUCCGUCAUGGCUGACUUGAUGGAUAUGAUGCCAGAGGGUAUCAAACAGAGCAAGGUCAACACUGUUUUGCAGCACUUAUCAGAGGCGUGGAGAUGCUGGAAAUCCAACAUUCCCUGGAAAGUGCCCGGUCUACCAAAGCCAAUUGAAGACAUCAUUCUUCGAUAUGUCAAAUCAAAGGCAGACUGGUGGGUCUCCGUGGCCCAUUAUAACAGAGAGCGCAUCCGUAGAGGUGCCACUGUCGACAAGACUGUCGCGAAGAAGAACCUGGGCCGUUUGACCAGACUGUGGUUGAAAGCAGAGCAGGAGCGCCAACACAAUUAUCUCAAGGACGGACCCUAUGUCAGCACGGAAGAGGGUGUUGCCAUCUUCACGACCGCUGUGCAUUGGUUGGAAAGCCGCAAGUUUCAGCCAAUUCCGUUCCCCUCGGUCAGCUACAAGCACGACACCAAGAUUCUUAUCCUUGCACUCGAGCGGCUGAGGGAAGCUUAUUCUGUCAAGGGUCGUCUCAACCAGAGCCAGCGUGAAGAGCUCGCGCUGAUCGAGCAAGCCUAUGACAGCCCGGGCACAACCCUCGCUCGCAUCAAGCGUUUCCUGCUGACGCAGCGCUCCUUCAAAGAAGUUGGAAUCGACAUGAACGACAACUACAGCACAAUCAACCCGGUGUACGAUAUCGAGCCGAUCGAGAAGAUCACCGACGCAUACCUCGACCAGUAUCUCUGGUACCAGGCCGAUCAGCGGAAGCUAUUCCCAGCAUGGAUCAAGCCAUCGGACUCGGAAGUCCCUCCGCUUCUCACCUACAAGUGGGCGCAGGGCAUCAAUAAUCUUUCCAAUGUUUGGAGCGUUGACGAGGGCGAAUGCAAUGUCAUGCUGGAGACCAGACUUGACAAGGUGUAUGAGAAGAUGGACAUUACUCUUCUCAACAGACUGCUCCGACUCAUCAUGGACCACAAUCUGGCAGAUUACAUUUCGAGCAAGAACAACGUCCAGCUCAACUACAAGGACAUGAACCACACCAACGCAUACGGCAUGAUUCGUGGCCUGCAGUUCAGUGCCUUUGUAUUCCAAUACUAUGGAUUGAUCAUCGAUCUCCUGCUUUUGGGAUUGGAACGCGCAUCUGAUAUGGCGGGCCCACCGAAUGCUCCCAAUGACUUCUUGCAGUUCAGAGAUCGGGAAACGGAGAGUCGCCACCCCAUCCGCCUCUACACUCGCUACAUCGACAAGAUCUGGAUCUUCUGGCGCUUCACCGCUGAUGAGUCGAGGGAUCUCAUCCAACGCUUCUUGACCGAGCAGCCUGACCCGAACUUUGAAAAUGUCAUCGGCUACAAGAACAAGAAGUGCUGGCCACGCGACUCCCGAAUGAGGCUGAUGAGACAUGAUGUCAACUUGGGUCGCGCGGUCUUCUGGAACAUGAAGAACCGUUUACCCCGAAGCAUUACCACUGUUGAGUGGGAUGAUACAUUCGCCAGCGUGUACAGCAGAGACAACCCCAAUCUCCUCUUCGCCAUGAACGGCUUCGAAGUUCGCAUUCUGCCCAAGAGCCGAAACCUGAACGAAGAGUUCCCGACCAAGGACUCGGUCUGGGCACUUGUGGACAACCAAACCAAGGAGCGGACUGCACAUGCAUUCCUCCAGGUCACCGAAGAGGAUAUUGCCAAGUUCAAUAACCGCAUUCGUCAAAUUCUGAUGAGCUCUGGAAGCACUACAUUUACUAAGAUUGCAAACAAGUGGAACACGACCCUCAUUGCACUCUUCACAUACUACCGCGAGGCUGCGGUCAGCACCGUCAAUUUAUUGGAUACCAUUGUCAAGUGCGAGACAAAGAUCCAGACGCGAGUGAAGAUUGGUUUGAACUCCAAGAUGCCCUCUCGUUUCCCGCCCGCCGUCUUCUACACACCCAAGGAACUGGGUGGACUCGGUAUGAUCUCUGGCUCCCACAUCCUCAUUCCUGCGUCGGACAAGCGCUGGUCGAAGCAAACCGACAGCGGCGUAAGCCAUUUCCGGGCUGGUAUGAGCCACGAUAAGGAGACUCUGAUUCCCAACAUCUUCCGGUACAUCAUUCCUUGGGAGGCCGAGUUUAUUGACUCGCAACGUGUGUGGACCGAGUACUCACAGAAGCGACUGGAAGCCAACCAGCAGAACCGCCGUCUGACACUUGAGGAUCUGGAGGACUCAUGGGAUCGCGGUCUGCCUCGUAUCAACACGCUCUUCCAAAAGGAUCGAUCUACGCUGUCCUUUGACAAGGGUUUCAGGACCAGGACUGAAUUCAAGCUUUACCAGCACAUGAAGAGCAAUCCCUUUUGGUGGACAUCCCAGAAACAUGACGGAAAGCUGUGGAACCUUAACGCUUACCGAACGGACGUUAUACAAGCUCUUGGCGGCGUUGAGACCAUUUUGGAGCACACGUUGUUCAAGGCAACUGCCUUUCCAUCGUGGGAAGGCUUGUUCUGGGAGAAAGCGUCUGGAUUCGAAGAGAGUAUGAAGUACAAAAAAUUAACCAACGCGCAGCGCUCUGGUUUGAACCAGAUUCCUAACCGUCGCUUUACGCUUUGGUGGAGUCCAACAAUCAACCGUGCGAACGUGUAUGUUGGUUUCCAGGUCCAGCUUGACUUGACCGGCAUCUUCCUCCACGGCAAGAUUCCUACAUUGAAGAUCUCGCUCAUCCAGAUCUUCCGUGCACAUUUGUGGCAGAAGAUCCACGAGUCCGUCGUCAUGGACUUGUGCCAGGUCUUUGACCAGGAACUCGAAGCGCUCGGCAUCGAGACCGUUCAGAAGGAAACAAUUCAUCCCCGAAAGAGUUACAAGAUGAACUCGUCCUGUGCUGAUAUCCUCCUGUUCGCGUCUCACAAGUGGAGCGUGAGCAAUCCCAGCUUGCUUUACGACACCAAGGACGGCAUGAGCAUGACUUCCACCRACAAGUUCUGGAUCGAUGUGCAGCUGCGAUACGGAGAUUACGACUCGCACGACAUUGAGCGAUACGUCCGCGCCAAGUACCUGGACUACACGACUGACAGUAUGUCCAUCUACCCAUCUGCGACUGGGUUGAUGAUCGGUGUCGAUCUGGCAUACAACCUCUACUCGGCGUACGGAUCCUACUUCCCUGGUCUGAAGCAGCUUGUGCAGCAGGCUAUGGCCAAGAUCAUGAAAGCGAACCCKGCGCUGUAUGUGCUACGCGAGCGUAUCCGCAAGGGUCUUCAGCUUUACGCUUCUGAGAGCAAUCAAGAGUUCCUCAACUCGCAGAACUACUCCGAGUUGUUCAGUAACCAGAUCCAGCUCUUCAUCGACGACACGAACGUCUACCGUGUCACCAUCCACAAGACCUUUGAGGGUAACUUGACAACAAAGCCAAUCAACGGUGCCAUCUUUAUCUUCAACCCUCGCACCGGACAACUCUUCCUCAAGAUCAUUCACACAAGUGUAUGGGCUGGUCAGAAGCGUUUGGGUCAGCUGGCCAAGUGGAAGACGGCCGAGGAAGUUGCCGCACUUAUCCGAUCGUUGCCAGUGGAAGAACAACCGAAACAGCUCAUUGUCACUCGAAAGGGUCUUCUUGAUCCUCUCGAGGUGCAUUUGCUGGAUUUCCCCAACAUCAGUAUCCGUGCCUCUGAACUUCAGUUGCCAUUCCAAGCUGCGAUGAAGGUCGAGAAGCUCGGAGACAUGAUUCUGCGCGCAACUGAGCCGCAGAUGGUGCUUUUCAACUUGUACGAUGAGUGGUUGAAGAGCAUCUCAUCCUACACAGCUUUCUCUCGUCUCAUUCUCAUCUUGCGUGCUCUUCACGUCAACCAGGAUAAGACGAAGCUGCUACUGCGACCAGACAAGACCGUCAUCACGCAGGAGCAUCAUAUCUGGCCCACGCUUACGGACGAUGAUUGGGUGAAGGUGGAAGUGCAACUUCGCGRUUUGAUCCUGAAUGAUUACGGAAAGAAGAACAAUGUCAACACUUCGUCGCUCACCAAUUCCGAGAUCCGAGAUAUCAUUCUCGGUAUGGAGAUCAGCGCGCCAAGCAUGCAGCGUCAACAAGCCGCAGAGAUCGAGAAGCAACAACAGGACCAGCAGCAGUUGACAGCCGUCACUACCAAGACCCAAAAUGCUGCGGGUGAGGAUAUGAUCGUGACCACCACUUCCGCCUACGAACAGCAGAGCUUUGCUUCCAAGACGGAAUGGCGCACUCGUGCCAUUGCGACCAGCAAUCUCCGCACUCGCGCCAACAACAUCUACAUCUCCUCUGAAGACAUUCGAGACGACGAGCAUCACUUCACGUAUGUCAUGCCGAAGAACAUUCUCAAGCGCUUCAUUGCCGUGGCCGAUCUCCGAGUGCAAGUUGCCGGAUACCUGUACGGCACAUCACCUGCGGACAACAAGCAGGUCAAGGAGAUCAAAUGUAUCGUCAUGAUACCUCAAGUCGGCAGUACGCGUGACGUUCAACUACCCAAGAACCUCCCGGAGAAUGAGAUGCUCAAUGGUCUUGAGCCUCUCGGAGUAAUUCACACUAGCGCAGGCAACGAGACGAACUACAUGACAGCCCAGGACGUCACACAGCAUGCCAAGCUCAUGGCUGCACAUCCAUCAUGGGAUCGCAAGACUGUGACCAUGACCGUGAACUUCACGCCGGGCUCGGUCUCGCUCUCGGCAUGGUCUUUGACGCCACAGGGCUACCAGUGGGGAGCUGAGAACAAGGACAUGGGAUCUGAUCAGCCUGCUGGGUUCAACAACUCGCUCGGUGAGAAGAGUCAAUUGCUUCUGUCCGACAAAAUCCGCGGCUACUUCUUGGUCCCCGAGGACGAGCGAUGGAACUGGAGUUUCCUCGGCAGCGGCUUCAGCGAGCGUGAGAAGGCAAAGGUGUGGGUGAAUGUGGGAGUACCUCGGAGAUUCUACGACGAUGUUCAUCGACCGAUUCACUUCCRGAACUUUGCGGAACUGGAGGACGUGUGGGUUGAUCGGAGUGACAAUUUGGCUUGA